AAUCGAUAUCUAAAACUAUAUAUAGCACCAUAUAUUAUCUACACUUAUAUCAUCACAUAAACACAAGACCAAUAUUACAUUAGUGCAUGCUCAAAUGGAACAUCUAAUAUCUAAUAAGAGUGUUCUCCUUUUGCUAAUCGUGACUACCUCAUUGUUAGUUGAUGCCCGACCCGCUACCUUCCUCCAGGAUUUUCGUAUUACAUGGUCCGAUUCGCACAUCAGACAACUUGAUGGUGGCAGGACCAUUCAGCUUAUUCUCGACCGAAACUCUGGAUGCGGAUUUGCUUCGAAAAGCAAAUACUUAUUUGGACGUGUGAGCAUGAAGAUUAAGCUUAUUCCUGGAGACUCUGCGGGCACGGUUACUGCUUUCUAUAUGAAUUCGGAUACAGAUCAAGUGCGCGAUGAGCUGGAUUUUGAGUUCUUGGGAAACCGAACCGGGCAACCGUACUCGGUCCAAACCAACGUAUAUGCUCAUGGAAAAGGUGAUAGAGAACAAAGGGUUAACCUUUGGUUCGACCCUGCUGCUGACUACCACACUUACUCCAUUAUGUGGAACCAUCACCAUGUUGUGUUUUCUGUGGAUCAAAUCCCUAUAAGGGUAUACAAGAACAAUGAAGCUAAAGGGGUCCCAUUCCCCAAAUUUCAGCCAAUGGGAGUCUACUCAACAUUAUGGGAAGCAGAUGAUUGGGCAACAAGAGGUGGGCUAGAAAAAAUUAAUUGGAGCAAAGCACCAUUUUAUGCAUAUUACAAGGACUUUGACAUUGAGGGUUGUCCAGUCCCUGGUCCCAGUACCUGUGCUUCUAACCCUUCCAACUGGUGGGAGGGAUCUAGAUUCCAACAGCUUGAUCCAGUCGCGGCCAGUCGUUACCAAUGGGUCCGUGCGAACCAUAUGGUCUAUGAUUAUUGCACCGAUAAACACCGAUACCCCAACACUCCACCGGAAUGUGUAGCCUGAUUUUGAAAUGAUUCAAAAUUUAGCUAUAAAUAUGGCUAUCUGUAUAUGACCAUUUGAAUAUGCUGGCAGUGGGAGUGACAUUUGAAGUUUAUUUAUAUUCGUGUUAAAAAAAUAUAAGUUGGUAAAUAAUAAUGUGUACUUGUACGAGGGGCAAAUUUAUAAUUGAGCCAUACAAAGCUUCCUCGAUAUAUAGCGUUAAAUUAUUGUGUCUUCAGUUUAUGCCAUUUGAAUUAUCAAUUAUCAGAAUAAUGUUUGCCCAUGUUUUUGAAAAAAAUGGCAUUUAUUUGUGUUUACUCUAA